AUGCUCUCUACAACAGCCUCCAACAUCCAGGGCUACCUCCCGUCCACGGAGGCUCUUUGGCUUGGUCUCAUCGUCCUAUCAGUCCUUCUUUCUUAUGCAUGGCUAUUGUAUCCCCUUCUCCACGGGCGUUUUCAUCACAUCCCUGGGCCCUGGUACUGCAAGAUUUCAAGUCUCCCUCUCGCCUUUUACGACAUAUCAUGCUGUCGAAAUGAAGUUAUCCUUAGCUGGCACAGGAAGCACGGGCCUGUCAUCGUAAUCGCCCCCAAUGAAGUGUCAGUGGCAGACCUAGAGGGCACCAGGGAUGUCUACAAGGCGACGGGCCGCUGGGCCAAGAGCAGCUACUUUGAUCAUUUCCAAGGCUAUGGGAUGCGAUCAGUCUUUGCAACAAAGCCAUACGAAGAACAUCGGAAGAAACGCAAGUAUACCUCAGCGUUUUAUCAAGCAUCAACCAUAUACACAGUACCAGAAAUUGAGCAGCAUAUCAAGGCCCGCUCUCUGGCAUUUCUAAACCAGGUCGGAGCUGGUCAGGCUGUUGACGUCUACAGCUUGACAUCUUGGUUUGCAUUUGAUAACAUAACCUUUCUGGUUCUCGGCCCUGAGUACUCUACUUGCUCUGUAGACCAACUAUGUCCAGAGCGUGGCAUUCUUGCAGGGUUAAAGUCUCAGCAAUUCUUCGGUCCCUUUCGCCACCGAUAUCCUCAGCUUUACAAAUUUGUCUCUCGGAUACUGCAAACAUUGAGCUCAAGUUUCUACUAUCUCUCAGCUGACGAUGCCUUGGCCCUUUGGUGCCAACAGCAGUUUUAUACAGUGGCGCAGGACCCUUGCUUAUCUAAGUCUCACUCUCUAGUUCGGCAUCUCUUGGAGACAGAGGAGAUUGAGGCCGAUGAAGGACCGGCUUAUCUCCAGUACAUAGCAGCUGAGGUUCUUGACAACAUCAACGCUGCUGAAGCCACUGUGGCAGUAACUGCUACAUACCUGAUCUGGACUCUGACCCAAGUACCGCACUGGCAACAAAAAAUACGCAGAGAACUCUCUGUAUUGCCCAGAAUGGAUAAUGGUAGCCUGUCGUUUUCCGAUAUUGACAGCCAGGUUCCGUCAUUAGAGGCCUGUCUACGGGAAGUCUAUCGUCUCUAUCCAGCCUCUAGUGGCAGGGCCGAGCGCAUCGUACCGCAUGGAGGGCGUGACUUGUCCGGAGUCUUCCUCCCACAAGGCACGAUCGUCACAUCGUCUCUUUUGGCUUUGCACUAUGACCCGCAGGUUUACCCUGACCCCUCAAGCUUUUCUCCUGAACGGUGGCUCGAGGGUGAUGAGAAAUCGCAAAAGCUUAGUGACAGAUACCUGAUGCCUUUUGGCUAUGGUGGAAGGCUCUGUCUAGGAAAAGCUCUGGCUACCAUGGAACUGAAGAUGCUUAUAGCCAGCCUAUACCUUGAGCAUGAGAGUUUGCCAACCACAAUGACGAAUGCUGGAACUAUGAAGCAGUGCAGUACACACGAUGCGGUGCCAAAAGGAUUGAGAUGUGUAGUUCAAUUUCGGAAGACGGAACCUUCUAAUUGA